AUGGAUUCACGUGCGUCAACUUUCUUAGACCCCUCAUCUGCCAUAACAGCGAUCACCAGGCAUAAAGCCGAGGCGAUCAAGCUGGCACGAGAGCAGGGGACUGCUGUUAGGGAGAUGUGUCGCCGUGCAAAGACCGAGGUGCCGCCUUACGAGUUCGAAGAAUUGAUUGGCAAGGGUGCUUAUGGCCGAGUGUAUAAGGGCCAUGAAACACCGUCUGGCCGGUUGGUAGCAAUCAAAGUCCUUGAUAUUGACUCUUUGGACUACAAGUCAUUGCGUGACUUCCGAGAUGAGUCAAUCAAGGAUUUUAUUCAUGAGACCAAGGUCAUGAAGCAAGUCAAAGACUCAGGCGCUAAGAAUAUCAAUGAGCUCAUCGAAGCAAUCUCCAUUCAUUCACAAUUGUGGCUAGUCUGCGAGUACUGCCCCGGUGGUAGUGUGCGGACUUUGAUGCGAGCAACUGGUGAUAAACUUGAAGAGAAUUACAUCAUUCCCAUUGCACGAGAGCUUGCUGUUGGAUUACAUGCCAUUCACGAAGCCGGUAUUAUCCACCGUGAUGUAAAAGCUGCGAAUAUCCUCAUCCACGAAGAAGGGCGAUUGGAAAUUUGUGACUUUGGUGUUGCAGGUGUCUUGCAAUCGCAUCAGGAUAAACGCUCUACGUGGAUUGGAACGCCACACUGGAUGCCCCCCGAGAUGUUCUCCAUGAGGGGACCGGCGCACCAUUAUGGCAACGAGAUUGAUGUGUGGGCAUAUGGCUGCACUUUGAUCGAAUUUGCUACAGGCAAUCCUCCCAACUCGGGACUCCGCGAGCGAAUGCAAAUCGGACGUCAACUCAAUCGAAAUGUCCCCAAGCUUGACAGCGACGAGUAUAGUCAGGGAUUAAAGGAUCUUAUUGCGUAUGCACUUGACUCCAAUCCAGCGACUCGUCCAACAAUGGCCGACAUCCUGGCACACCCCUACAUUGCCGAAACAGAAGAGGAAUACCCAACCCUCUCCGUCGCUGAGCUUGUUCGAAAUUACUAUCAAUGGUCACAACGGGGCGGGCAGCGAGUGUCUCUAUUUCACCCUGGGGGUGCAGCAGCGGCAGAGCUCCCAGGAACUGAAGAAACCGACGAGGAUUGGAGUUUCAGCACGACAGAUGGCUUUGAACGUAGAUUCUCCGUCAUUGAUCUCGAUCAGAUCGCCGCUUCCCUUGCUGAGAUGGAAGAAGCGAUCAGCCCGACAACCCCAGCACCCGACAAUGAUUUCGGUGAUGAUUUUAACGAAGCCGACCUGGAUCCUGAGGAUAAAGCCAAUUUCGACGAGCGAGUCCGCCGUGGUGCAGAAGCCAUGGAAGGACUUUUUAACGAGGAUAUGCCAAGCUACAGGUAUGAAACUAAGACGGAUUUCGUUCCUAUCCAACCCAACCCUCCGCCCUCCGAUCUACCUCUCCGCACCAACACGGAUCGAUCAUCGGUGACAUCGACUUUCAUUGAUAUUGAUAUUGGCUCCUUUGACUCCUCCCACUAUGCGGCUGGUGCACCGUCCGCCCAGCCUUUCCAGCUUGCCGAUGCGGACACCAUUCGUGCAAAUCGGUCUAGUAUCCGCAUUCCUCGUGGAUCUAAUGAUUCUAGCUCCCAGUCUUCUAACAGCGAUGCCGAUGUAAAUGAACCUCCUGAUGAGGGGUUCAAACCGUCAGGCCCGCGACCUCCCACUAUGGACUGGAAAUUCCCUUCAUUCUCCAUGGCACAGCCCGAGGAUGUUGAACCCGAGGCCGAGGCUGAGGCUGAUACCGAAGCUGAGGGUGCAAAGGAGGAACCAGCCGAUGAACCAAUCCAAGAAGAAAGCUUUCAAGAUGAGAAACGUGCUACCAUGGAAUGGACUUUUCCUGUCAUGGGGUCUCAACCCGAGGCUAUGCCUGCCAUCGAUGAACAGGUGAGCACUGAUACUGAUCGCCACGAUACUGUGAGAGCACCUAUACCUGGUUUGCAAAGACAACCUACACAUUCACCCGCAAUCUCUCGCCCGUCAACCUCGGCCUCCAACAACUCGAAUAUGUCCGACUCUGAUUACGAUCCAUUCCGCUUUGACCGACCAACAACCCCCUUGGCUUCAUCACAACCCAGUUCAUUCGACGCGAAAUUCCCAAGCUUAGUCGAGAACGCCUCUGAUGAUGAUUCUACCAGGGCCCUUGAUGACUCUGCCGGGGUCCUUGAUGGGCCCGGGCCAGAUGAAGAAGAAGAAGAGUCCCAAGAGGAGUCCCACCCAAUGUGGCAGGAAGAAACAGAUAUCAUAUCUUUAGAUGACUUGCCGCCGCCCACUGCCAUCCCAGUGCAUGACAGGCCUAGCGACACGCCCGCUGAGGUCUCUGAGCCAGGAUCACCUAUCAUUGAGGAGCCCCUGCAGACCGCUCGUCGUCGAGAUCAUAUGUCUUCAUUUGCCGCGCCAUUCGUGACUGAUAGUGAUCCCACUAUCUCUUUUCCAACCCUGAUUCCCCCAAGUGCCGACAGUUUGAUGGAAAGUGCCGAUGAUGCUGCGGUCACGGCGGAGCUGGAUCGUUUGCUAGGUGACUUCCUGGGUGCCCUUUCAGCGACAGGAGAGGCUCUUUCAAGGGCUGGUGCUGAGCCGAAAGCGGAUGGUGUUGCUCACCACCCUGCCGAAGCAGUACCAUAG